AUGUGGCCCUGGCGCACAGCGUCUGAUAGCCGGGCAGCUGGACAGAUAGUUUUUCUGCCCGACGGCUUUCAUCUCUCCCUCGCCGCCCGCCUCACCGUAGAGCAGGCCCUCAGGCGCGUGCUGCCUUACUGCCUCCGCGCAGCGACCACGUCACUAGCCUUCCCAUCAACGUCAGCGGCUCCCGUGUCCACGUCAACAUUAUCUAGGUCCGCGCUGUCUUGCUCUGCAGCGUCCGAGCCUCUCGAGGUCGCCCUCUCGCUACGCACCGCAACUCCCGGCUUGUUUCACGGCCCCGCGAAGAAGAGCCUUCGCUUGUCGAAGCGGUUGUGUAAGGGAUGGACGUACGUAGUCACCGCGGAGAGCGCUCUUAGCGAGGAUGAAAUCGAUAAGGAGCGAAUGAUUCGAUUCGACCGGCGCGCGUACUGGGAGGUGCUGGCGGCGGUGAAGGAGCGCGAAGCCGCCAUGGCCGUGGCACGCGGUGGCGCGAGGCGGCGACAGGCGGGGAUCAACAGCGCGAGCACGCAGCAGCACGCCGCGGGGGCAGAGGUGCGAGUGGCGGCAUGGGGGGAGGCCAGGGCGGUGGAGGAGGGGGAGAGGGCGGAGGGGACGAGCGGACGGGGAGAGGGCAGAACGGAGGAGUUACAGCGAGGGCUGGAGGGAAGUGGCGCUGUUGGCACAGCAGCAGCAGAGUCGUGGGAGGGCGCAGCAGGGGAGGGCGCAGCAGCGGGGGUCGCAGCAUGGGGGGGUGCAGCAAUUGGGGGCGCAGCAACGGGGGGCGCAGCAGCGGGGGCAGCGGGGGAUGCAGCAGCGGGAGAUGCAGUGGGGAGUGCAGCAGCGGGGGAUGCAGCAGCGGGGACGUGGCGGCUGCGGGGAGUGCGGUGGAGCAAGCGGUGGCGCGCGCUGGGCAGAGAGGCGGGCGGGGAGGCGGGUGGGGAGGUGGCAGUGCGAGCGGCGUUGGAGGUGACGCGGGGUGGUGAGAUGCUGGGAGAGAUGCCGGGAGAGCAGGCAGCGGCCACGGGAGGGCAGGGAGGCGAGCAGCAGGCGCAGGAGGGUCAAGGUGGUGCUGCUGUGGGCGGCAGUGGGGUGGCGGGCAGCGACGGAGGCACGAAAGCAAAUGUGGGUCGAAUGUCCCUGGCCUUUGCGGCCCUGGGGUGGGGUGGUGGGCGCGGCGAGGAGGAGAAGGAGACGAUGGUGCAGAUGGGGAGUGGAGAUGCAGGGAGGGAUGUGGCGAGGGUGGCGCGCAUGGACGUCAGUUUGGAGUCCACGAGUGCUGCCCUGCAGAGCGGCAUGCAGUGGAUCGAGGAAACCACUCGCCGCUCCCUUGUCAGCGGCCGUCUCAUUGGCCCUUGCAAUGGCCCUCGCAGCCUGAGCGGACCUCUGGUGCAGGCGGGCAGCGGGCCACUGGGAGCUCGGCUCAGGAGCCCCUCAGGCAGGCUGCGCAGCGUGCUGCUGCGGCACUGGGGCAGCGGGCCCUUGACCCGCCAAGGCAACUGGCGCUACAACCGGCCAGGCAGCGGGCCUCUGAGCCACCAGGGCAGCGGCCCUUUGAGCCAGAGCAGCGGGUGCUACAACCAUACAGGCAGCGGUAUGGGCAGUGGGCCUUUGAGCCACCAGAGCAGUGGGCCAUUGAGUCAGAGCAGCGGGUGCUACAGCGGGGCGGGCAGUGGGCCUCUGGGGGAGCUGUUCAGUGGCAGUCUGAGCCAGCCGUCCCACGAGGCGUUCUGCCUGGCAGCGCAGUGGGAAGAGAGGCCUCUAGACCCCUUGGACCUCUUGAGCCCUCUGGCAGGAGGCGGGAGCGAGGCUGGUGUGCUUGGCGCUUUCAAUGGCGCAUGGGGUGGGCUUAGACGAGGCGAUGCGAGUGGCGGCUGGAUGGAGGACGUGUUUGGGGGGCUGGUGGGCGAGCGGAGGGCGAUGGGCUGGAGGCAGCCGCUGGUUGAAGUGAAUUGUGCGGUGUUGGGAGAGGGCUUGAGGGAGAACAUCGAUGAGCAGGGACAUGCAAUCGGAGGCGACGAGGAGAGGGUGGGGAGGUGUGAGGGGAAGACGGAGAAGCAAACGUGGGAGGAGAUUUUGGAUGCGACAGUGGCCAUGGGACAGUGCGAUGGGAAGGAGGAGCCGGCUGUUGAGGAGGCUCCAAACAACAUGUUCCUGACGCUGCUGCAGGCUGGCAGUGAGGAUCAGCACAUGGAGGCCCGAGAGUGGGGCGUGGAGAGCAUUGGCGUUGAGGACGGAGGAGAUGUGAGAGAAGAGGAAGAGAGGACUGCAAGGAGUGGGCAACGAAUGGGAACGGUGAGUGGUGAGCAGCAAUUGGAAGCGGUGGAUGGAGAGGAAGAGGGGAGAGAUGAUGAAGAGGAGAAUUUUAAUCAUGAGGAACCAGGGGAGACGGGGGAGGGGAAUAACGGGGGGGAGGAGGAGGAGGAGGAGGAGGAGGAGGAGGAGGAGGAGGAGGAGGAGGAGGAGGAGGAGGAGGAGGAGGAGGAGGAGGAGGAGGAGGAACAAGUGGAAGAAGAAGAGGAGGACCAAGUGGAAGAGGAAGAGGAGGGAGAAGAGGAGGAAGAAGAGGAGGAGGAAGAGGAAGAGGAGGAGGAGGAAGAGGAGGGGGAAGAGGAAGAGGAGGGGGAAGAGGAAGAGGAGGGGGAAGAGGAAGAGGAGGGGGAAGAAGAAGAGGAAGAAGAGGAAGAGGAAGAGAAUGACGAGGAGGGAGAAGACGAAGCAGAUGAGGAAGAAGAUGAGGAGGAGGACGAGGAGGGAGAAGAGGAGGAUGAGGAAGGGGAGGAUGACAAGGGAGCAGGUGACGACCAGAGUACAAAGCUUGAAACUGCCAACGGCAUGUCCUUGGUCCUGGAGCCGUCUUUAAGGAGUGAGUGGGAUGAGAGUGAGGACGAUGAGAGCCUGCAAGCACUCGAGGUAGCAGCCAGGUGUGCAGCUUAUGAGGCAACCUUUAGGCUCAAGGUGCAGCAGGCACAGCAUGAUGCCAGUGAUUGCAAAUUCACCUCAUUCGCGCCAGCUAGUGCAAGAUCAGCAGGCGUGCUGGUGAAAGGGUGCUGUGAUGAAGAAGGUGAGGGGGAAGAGGAGUCUGGCACUGGAAAGGGGGUUGAGCCAGGAAGGGGAGGUCGUCAGGAACUGUCGGAUUCAGAGUCGGGCAAAAAUACGAGCUCGGGUUCCUCAUCUGAUCAGAGUGAGGGACACACUUCAGAGGUUUCAGAUCUCUCUGGAGAGCAGGCUGACACUGAAAGCACUGCAGAUGAGGUGGAGGAGGACGAGCUGGAAAUGGCGUUCUUGUUCCGCCAGUUGCGGCUGUUUCAUGCAAGCCCAAGGCCAACACCGACCAUGAAGCAGAGCCAUUAG